AUGGUAAAAGUGUCAACGACUCAACGGUUCAUUUCCCCUUUAGUGUCAGAACUUAACACGGAGAUGCUGAUGCGUUACAACGAUUUAUCGGGUCGCAGUCCCAAUGUUAAAUUCAAGGGGGAUUCUCCCAUCAAGGAAUUUUCUUUGAAAGUAAAAACUGGUGUUGACCCUGAUCUUGUGGAUUGUUGGAUACGUGACGUGUUGCGACGCGGUGUUGUGAGCUAUUUGUCUUGGGCCAGCACUUAG